GUCUGCCUGUACCCACUUCAGAAAAUGUUACCUCUAAAAUGCAAGCUACACAACUGUUGUCCUUGUCAGAUUAUUUUGCGAUCACACCUCAUCAUGAUUAUUUUCUGUCUUUAAACUCAAAAGAUUUGACAGAUUGCGUACAUGGGACUUCUAUUUUAUGUUAUUCUAAUUGGGCCCAGUCGCCUAUAACUGUCCCUGAUUGUACCAUGGCUCUGUUCGCAAAUGAUGUUCGAAAAAUUAAAGAGUUGUGCAACUUUAGAUACCUUCAAAAUCUGUUAAAAUCAAACAUUUUGGAAUUAUCUCCAACUUCUGUGCUGUUAUAUAACACUCCCACUGUAGUCCUAGAUUGCCCAAAAGAAAAGAAGGUUUUGAAAGGUUGUGCUUUUUGUGUAUUGCAUAUUCCAUGUAGGUGUUCAUUAUCCACAGAAGCAUUGUUCUUUGCACCACGCUUGGUCAAUUGUUAUAAGUCAUCAUCAAAUUUCUCUGCUAUUCAUCUUGUAAAUUUAGCCCUAUUACAAGAAUUUUUUGAUGAGUCUAAAAUUAAGGUAUUAGGGGUUUCUAAGUCAUCAGUUAUGUUUUUGGAAAUACUUAUUUUCCAAACACCUAUAAAUAUGCCCAUUCCUGAAUUUGUAUUUUACAACCAUACUAUGCAUGAUGUUUUAGCCAAUGAUCAAAAAGCCCAUUUGAAUUUGAAGAAAAUAGCCAAAGCAGUAAAGAACGACCAGAAAAUUUUUAAAUCUCUUGCUGAACCUUUGUUAGAUGGCCAAAUUGAAAUUCCUCAGGAAUGGCCCAAUACCUCUGACAUCAUUACUUUAGUGUCUUUAUGCUUAGCAGCUUUAUGCUUAGUAGUAUGUAUCUUAUUAUGCAUCAAGGUCAGAAAAAUUUGCACUACCUUAUUAAUUUUGAAAGAGGUCCAACAUGCUUCCUCUAAGGAUAUCCCCUCAUUUAUUUAUAGAAAACCUGUCACGGCCACACCUCCAAAUGAUACCACUGAUUGGUUAAGUGAGUUCACAUGGGUACAUGCUUCAGUUAUAAUAUCUGUCAUUGUUUUAGGAAUCCUUGUUAUGGUUGUGUAUCUCCUGUAUAAAGCUAAGUGUAAAAAAGGGUCAGUUGUAGCACUUGAGUUAACCUCAGGGGGAGACUGUGUGAUCAUCCCAAUUACACAAUUAUCAUUAUGUCCAUCAUACUAUACCAUCACAAAACCUACAAUUACAGAUAUUUCAGUCUCAAGCUUUCCAACAUGCAAAGUGUAUGCUACUUGGUCCAACUUUUCAGUCACAGACAAACAAACACAAACAACUAUACAAGUUCCAUCCAAAUUUUCAAUAAAUUGUUGGUUACACUACAGGGUAAGCAAAAUUCUCAAACAACCAUUCCGAGCAUACGUCAUAAUUGUACAUAACCAAUAUGCAUUUCACUUACAAAAGACAGAAUAAAACCACACUUCAUUAAAUGACCUAAACAGAAAAGAUUAAUUUGACAAAUUGUCUUAUUUCUUAUUCCUUUAUUUUUUUUUUUUCACUCAUUUCAAUUAAUUUAAU